AUGAGUUGUUUUAAGCUCCCUAAGGGUCUAAUAAAGGAAUUGGAAGUCAUGAUACAAAAAUUUUGGUGGGGAAAUCGCAGUGGCUCUAGGAAGACCCAUUGGGUUAAAUGGGAUAGGCUUUGCGAAGCUAAGGAGGUUGGAGGAAUGGGCUUCAAAGAAAUUGAGAAGUUUAAUGAUGCUUUAUUGGCUAAGCAAGUUUGGCAAAUGAUAAAUAAUCCUAAUUCGCUUUGUCAUCGUGUUUUUAAGGCGAGGUUUUUUCCAGAUUAUUCUAUUCUUGAAGCUAGGGAGUCUAUUGUAGGUUCCUAUGCAUGGAAAAGCCUUCUUAGUGUAAGGGAUGUUAUUCGACAAUGGAUGAUUUGGCGUGUAGGGAAUGGUAAAUCUGUGCGGAUUAAAGGAGAUCAUUGA